AUGGCGUCGUUGUGGAUGGUGAUGUCUUUGGCGAUAUCUUUAUUUUUAACACCUUUUCUUAUGUUUCUGCUUGCCAUAAUCUUCCUUGCAUCCAUCGGAAAGUCAUUCGGCGUUAGAAGGUUAUAUAUAAAAUUACUACUAGCACUUUUUGAGUACGGCAGACAAAACAUCGAGUACGUGAAGAAAAGGAACGGUACAUGGAUUCAAGAUGACGAGGAUGCGGACGAAGAUUAUCAGACGCGGCACGUCGAGAAACAGAAUGAACAGAACUGGAAAACUGAGAAUAAAAUGCAGAACGGCGGAGUGUUGUUGAGUAACACCGUGAUAGCAAGAUCGAAGGAUCUGAUUAUGGUGCCAGAGCCAGAGAUGCAGAAUCAGAAGAAUCAUAUGGAGGAAACGAAGUCAGAGACUUCUUCUUCUUCUUCACAGCAAUCGUCAAUGGGGGCUGUGAGUAAGAACGAGACUCUCAUCCGGAGAGAUUCGUUCGAGACGCUAAAGAGGGAAUUCAAACCGGCAAUUUGUUUAGAUUACAUCAAAGCCGGAGUAGAGGCUAUUAUUGAAGAUGAAGUGACGUCUCGUUUCGAAGCGGAAGAGCUCAAAAACUGGAACCUGUUAACGAGAACAAAUACACAUUACGAAUUCAUCUCUUGGAAGCUAACAGUCAUAUGGAUAUGUGGAUUUGUAAUGCGGUAUUGCUUUCUUCUUCCCUUGAGGAUAAUCAUUUGCUUUGUCGGGGUACUGUACCUUGUAAUUACAACAUUUCUUGUUGGCUUCCUACCAAAUGGUUUUAUUAAGCGAUGGACAUAUAACCAGGUUAACCUCAUAGCAUUUAGGAUAAUGUCACAAUCUUUAUCAGCUGAAAUUACGAUUCAUAAUCCAGAGUAUAAACCAAAAAAUGGAGGAAUGUGUGUGGCGAAUCACACUUCCACAAUCGAUGUGUCUAUCUUAUCCACACAGACAACAUUCUCUUUGGUGAUGUGGCUGACAGUAUGUACAGCAGUUGUGGGCUACGUUCCAGAGGGUAGUUUCAAACGAUGGCUGAAUUACAAAGUCUCCAUAAUGUGCUUCGGGGUAUUGUCCAGUGCUCUGUCUUCAGUAAUUACCUAUCAUAAUCCAGAAAAUCGACCUGUUAGAGGAAUAUGUGUGGCUAAUCACACUUCUCCAAUAGACGUUCUGGUACUCAUGUGCGAUAAUUGUUAUUCCUUGAUAGGUCAGAGGCACGGCGGAUUCUUAGGCAUUUUACAAAGAGCCUUAGCACGUGCCUCGCCACAUAUUUGGUUUGAAAGAUCAGAAGUUAAAGACAGGGAAGCAGUUACGAAACGAUUAAAAAAACACGUGUCUGAUCCCACGAAUCCACCGAUACUUAUUUUUCCUGAAGGAACUUGUAUAAAUAAUACAUCAGUUAUGCAAUUUAAAAAAGGAAGUUUCGAAAUUGGUGGUGUUAUUUAUCCUGUUGCAAUAAAGUAUGAUCCAAGAUUUGGAGAUGCGUUCUGGAAUAGUAGUCGGUAUUCAAUGAUACAAUACUUGUACAUGACCAUGUCGAGUUGGGCUAUAGUUUGCGAUGUAUGGUAUCUUCCGCCAAUGUACAGAAACGAGGGAGAGAGCGCUAUUGAUUUUGCGAAUAGGGUAAAGUCUGUGAUAGCAAGGCAAGGUGGAUUGGUCGAUUUACAAUGGGACGGCCAACUUAAAAGAAUGAAACCAAAAAAAGAAUGGCGGGAAAAGCAACAGGAGGAAUUUAGUAAACGACUUAAAGCCGAAUAA